AUGAACGAUCAUGGAUUAUUAAUUCAACCAAUUGACGUCGACACUGAAUAUAUCAGUCUCGUGACUACUAGACCAAAUACGAAACAGGGAAAAAAGUCGCUAUUAAUAGAAACCUUAAACUCAUCAAAAGAAAAUUCAACUAUAACGAGUCCGGCAACUUCUACUAUUAAUACAGCAACUACACAACAAUCAACUGAAAAUACAAACAAUAAGGGUAACAAUGGUAAUGAUAACAGCGAUCAAACAACAAUUUCAACAGCCUCUGCAACAAGUAAUACUCUUUCAAGACAACAAACAAGGUCCACAGUUCGUUCUACAGUUUCUACAAUGUUAAAUUCUGUUCCUCCAUUGACUGUCGCUUCUGUAGGUGCAGCUGCACCAAAUCAAGCAACCACAAUAACAACACCGUUACCACCAUCCAGAAGAAACAGAGGAAACUAUUUUAUACAAAGUUUCAGAACUAUUUCCAGAACCUCCAAAGUUUUAUUAUUAUUGUCUUUAGCAAUGGUUGCAAUUCAGGUUGUAGUAACAGUUACAAUCCUUAUAGUUGCAUAUCCUAAAACAUGUGAUAAACCACUCAAAAUAUUCCUUGUACUUUAUAUUAUAAGAGUGAUAAUAGCAUGUCCUGUAAAUGUUUAUUUAUAUUUGAAUCCUAGAGACAAUAGACGGAAUGGUCAAAAUGAAAAUAACGCUAGAAGAGACAAUUGGAUUGACAAGUGGAUUGAUAGGGUUAAAUCGUUUUUAGAUUUAUUUGCAACUCUUUGGUUUAUAAUUGGAAAUUAUUUAUUAUUUACUACAGAAACAUGUCAACGCACUGCACCAGAAAUUUUCUAUCUUUCACUAACAUGGGUAAUAUUAGUGGCAAUGAGAGUAUUACAUGUGGGUGAAGCUGUUGGAAUUACCGGUGCAAGCGAGGAUCUUAUAUCAAAAAUACCUUCUUACAAAUACAAGUCAUAUGAUAAUUGUCAACUUGUGGUGCAACCUUUAAGUAAUUCACCUUCUUAUGCCUCUGCUGCUGCUACUGAUGCUUCUCCUUCAAUUGCUACAGAUCAACUAGAUCAGCAAAAUAAGAAACCUAAAUAUAAAUUUUGGCCCGCAUCAUUUCCAUAG